AUGCCUGAAAUUGCAGAUACCCAAUGGAACUUUAUACCGAAGAGCGCAAAGCUUUUUGAUAAAGAGUCCAUUGAGCCAUUGCAAAUGUUUUUCCUCUAUGCCUUUGGAAGUUGGUCAAUUAUCUGGCUUGGCGGAUUAAUUUGGUUUUUAUGCCGAAAAAAUGAAACCGAAAUUCAAAUGCGAUCACCUACACUUGUUAUUCUCAGCGCAAUAGGAUCAGAAUUUGCUUUGCUAUGCACAACACUCGAUAUUAUUUUAUCUCAUCAACAUUAUCCAUGCAUUUUAGAUUUAUGGUACAUUCUUUUAUUCUUUCCAUUGUUCUUCUUCCCAUUUGUAUUAAGAUUUAUGCGAUAUUUCUUUACUAUGAGGGAAUUAAAGAGAUGGCAAGAGAACAAGAUAUCAGACCCCCGUGCUAGCAUAUGGGUUAUGGAAUCUACAUGGGUAUCUAUUUUAGGAAUCGUUAUUUCUUUGACAAUGCUCUCAGCAGCGAUUCUUCAACAUACGAUUUUAUCAGAUUAUAUGACUACUUUUGGUUGCAAAAUUCAAGAAAUUACAUCAGUUAUUCUGCUCGUUCUCUUUGGCUUAUGUUUGAUAAUUGUAGGUGUCGGGUUAUUCUUUAUGAAGCAUUUUCCGGAUCCAUAUCACAUUAAAUACGAGUUAAUCACAUGUUUUGUUACAUGGAUAUUAACUUUAGGUCCAUAUCUUGCAUUAUCAAUGACAAAUUCUGAGCAAUUUUACAGUAAUUGUUGUAUGUUCGCGUUUAUUAUCUCUGGCUACUUCACAUCGGUUGUUACAUCUAUUGCUUUGACAUAUCGCGCUCCUCCUGAGCCCCAAACUCCAGAAAAAAUCCUAGAUACUCCAGAACAGAUCAUUAUGGACCCAGAAGGCUACGAACUUGUCAUGCAAGUACUUAUACAGAAGUCAGCUCAAGAGAUGCCGCCAUUCCUUAAGGCUGUUCUCGAGUUUAAGGAAAUUAAUGAUCAAAAUACUCAGUUAAAGAAAGUCAAAUCCCAAGAAAUAUACGUAAAACAUAUCUCCAAAGAUGCUCCGCUUCAAGUAAACAUUUCUGCCGCAAUGAGAAACGAUAUCGAGUCGAGAAUGGACAAUCCAACGACAGAUAUGUUCAAUAACGCAUACAGAGAGGUCUUGAAACUCGUCAGAACUAACUUCUUGAAGGAGAUAAAGAACCUCCCAGCUUAUCAAGCUCUUGUACAGAAGAGAGAGGAGGAAAUACAAAAGAAGAAGAUUAGUGAAUCGUUGAUGCGCGGUAACAAUAAAUAA